CAUGUAAGUAAGGUUAAGUAUGAUUAGAGAGAAAAAUAUUGUUAAAAAUGUCAGAUUUAUCUUCUUAUGGCAUAUAUUUCAACGAAGUGGAUAAAAUAUGCAUUUUAGAACCUGAAAGUUCCAAGCUUACGCAUGACCUAAAGGAGGACUGUUCGCUUUAUGUGGAAAAAAUUGACGAAUUUGAAAAAAUCGCCGACAAGUUCAUAUCGAUGGUGGAGGAGCUGAGCCAGAAGAUCGAAAAGCAAAAAAUGAAAGCGAUCGGGGCACGGAAUUUAUUGCAAGGGAUGGAGAAGCAAAAGGAGACCAACCAGCAGCAACUUCAUGCAAUAAUAAACGAGGUAUCGAUGGAACUGGAACGUCUGAAGAUCCAACUGAACUCCCUACAAAAAACCGAAAUGGAGCAGAACGAAGUAAUAACACAACUGACCCUUUAUUAAAAAUCUACUAAAUAAUUUAUUAUUAUAAGUGUACAACAAAUAAUACAAGUAAUCUGCACUUAGAAAAAUA